AUGGCCUAUCCAGACGAUGCGAUCAAGCGUGAAGAGGAUGAGGAUGCAGACGAGGAGAUCGACGAAACUAACUACAAAACGCAAAAAGAUGCCGUUCUGUUUGCAAUUGACGUGAGCAGCUCCAUGCUGGAGAAGCCGCCACCGCCGGCCACCAAGUCCAAGUCGGCCGACCGGGACAGUGCCGUCUCAGCAGCGUUGCGGUGUGCCUACCAGAUCAUGCAGCAGCGCAUCAUCGCCCAGCCCAAGGAUCUCAUGGGAAUGCUCUUUUUCGGCACAGAAAAGUCUAGGUUUCGUCCCGGCGACGGCGACGGUGGCGAAGAUGCAGACAGCUUGGCAUCCAUCAACCACACGUCCAGCUACCCACACUGCUACCUGUUCAUGGAUCUCGAAGUGCCUGCUGUCGAGGACGUCCGCGCGCUGAAGAGCAUGGUGGAGGAGGGCGAGGACCCGGACGAGGUGCUGAAGCCAGCGCCAGCCGGCAAGUCUGUGACCAUGGCCAACGUGCUCUUCUGCGCCAACCAGAUCUUCACCACCAACGCGCCCAACUUUGGGUCGCGCCGCUUGUUCAUCAUCACCGACAACGAUGACCCGCACUCGGGAGACAAAGCUGCCCGCUCGGCGUCGGCAGUGCGCGCCAAGGAUCUGUACGAUCUGGGCGUGGGAAUCGAGCUGUUUCCCAUCAGCCGCGAGGGCGCCAAAUUCGAUCUCGGCAAGUUCUACGACGACAUUAUUUACCGUGAUCCCGCGGCCGAAGACGGAUCCUCUGGCAGGGUCAUUGCUGCUAGGUCUGGCGGCGGCCUGUCGCUUCUAGGGUCUCUGAUAUCGAAUAUCAACGCCAAGCAGACGCCCAAGAGGUCGUAUUUCUCGAACUUGACAUUUGAGAUUGCACCGGGGCUCAAUAUCUCUGUAAAGGGAUACAUACUGCUGAAUCGGCAAAAGCCAGCACGGACAUGUUACGUCUGGGUAGGUGGCGAAAUUGCCAAGCUCGCAACGAGCGAGACGAUCAAAGUCGAUUCCGACAGCACGCGAACGGUCGAGGUUGGGGAGAUCAAGAAAGCAUACAAGUUUGGCGGCGAAUUCGUUUACUUCACACCCGAGGAGCUUAAAGGGUUCAAGACGUGGGAAUUUCCCGAUGGAUGGAAUGGAAAAGGCCUACGCAUUAUCGGCUUCAAGCCGCGCGUCCUGAUUCCAUCCUGGGCGUCGGUGAAGCGGUCGACGUUCAUCUAUCCCAGCGAAGAGGACUACGUCGGCUCCACGCGUAUCUUCUCGGCCCUGUGGCAGAAGCUGAAGAAGUCUGAAAAGGUGGCUAUUGCGUGGUUUGUGCCGCGGAUCAACACCAACCCGGUUUUGGUCGCAGUCAUUCCCUCGAACGGUCCAGACGGAGGUAGUGAGGGCGAUGGCGAUGGCAGCGGCGAUGGCGAGAAGAGAUCGGUGAAUCCCUCACACUUGCCGGCUGGCCUCUGGCUGUACCCUUUGCCCUUUGCAGAGGAUAUUCGCAAGUUCGACGACAGCCGCGCGCCGCUUCCACGGCCUGCAGAGCUGACCGAGCUUAUGAAGCCGGUUGUGGAAAACCUGCUUCUGCCGAAGACGGCCUACGAUCCGGCCAAAUAUCCCAACCCGGCACUGCAGUGGCACUACAAGAUCCUGCAGGUGCUGGCCUUGGACGAAGAAGUGCCGAAGCAGGGCGACGAUCCCACGCUGCCCAAGUACAAGGCCAUCGACAAGCGGGUAGGCGGCAGUCUGGCGGAGAUCAAAGAACGGUUGAAGAGCGAGGCAACACACCUGCAGACGGUAAGGGCAAUAAAACGCGAGGCCGAAGACGACGGAGCUGGUACGAUGGGGAAGCCACUGUCGAAGCGGCCAAAAACGACAUCAGCGGCAGCCGAGAAGGGAAAGAUGUCGAACAAAGACAUCCAGAAUGCCAUUGCGACGGGCAAGCUGUCGGCGAAGCCGGUCGUAGAGCUGAAGGAGAUCUUGAGCAGCUGGAGUGUCAGCACAUCUGGGAGAAAAGCCGAGCUUAUCGAGCGGAUUGAGCAAUGGGCGGACGGAAAUCUGUGA